AUGACGACGCAAGUGGGCGAGUUCCCGCGGCCGCUGUCGUCAGGGCCUCGUCCGCGCUCGGGCACGUCCUGGAGUCGCUGCGACCAGGCGGUGGCCCGCGUCGCCCCUAGUGCCACGACGACCUGUCAAGUCUGCUCCAAGCGCAUCGGUCAGGGCGAGUGGCAACUCGGGCUCAUGUUCAUUCACGUCGAGGGCUACAUGCUCAUGGAGUGGUACCACUUGCAGUGCUCCAAGUCGCUGCAGGGCAAUGGCCUCUCGGAUGUCCUCGAGACGGUGCAGAGCGAGAUGACGGAUGGCCAGAAGCAGGUGUUCCGCUUGGCUUGCCAGGAAGCUUCGGCAUAG